GGGCGGAUAGCAGUGUCUCUCACUGCCCAAUGGCAGGCACGACUCUCAUGAGAGUGGAGAGAGGCACUUUUCUGCCAUGCGAAAUCCCUAAAACCAUCAUCAUUCCGGCUCGGGAGCCCACAGUACUGUGCAACAGCCUCCGCCGCUCAGAGAUGUCAGAGCCAAUCUCAGCGCACACACGGCCCUGGGAGCUUGGAGCAGCGUAGAGACGAGGAGACUCACGGCACAUCUUUAAUGAUUUUGUGCGAAAACGGACUUAAAACAAGGAAUUAAGGGAUUUUUUUUCAUCCUGUCUGCGCCAUCGAUCGUGGCCAUUUGCUCAAUGUCAUCAUGAUCAUCUUCUCGUCGCGCAGUGUACUGCUGUCAGUCUACUAUCCACAGAUCUUCCUCAUCCUGACAAGUGGCAGCUACCUGGCCCUGUCCUCGGUGGUGGCUCUGGGUGCCAACAUCAUCUGCAACAAGAUUCCUGGGCUGGCACCUCGCCAGCGGGCCAUCUGCCAGAGCCGCCCGGACGCCAUCAUUGUAGUAGGUGAAGGCGCUCAGAUGGGCAUCAAUGAGUGUCAAUACCAGUUUCGAUACGGACGCUGGAACUGUUCGGCGCUGGGAGAGAGGACAGUCUUCGGUCAGGAGCUGCGAGUAGGCAGUCGGGAAGCAGCGUUCACCUACGCCAUCACAGCGGCAGGGGUGGCCCACGCCAUCACCGCAGCGUGCAGUCAGGGCAACCUGAGUCAAUGCGGCUGCGACCGAGAGAAGCAGGGCUACUACAAUCAGGAGGAAGGCUGGAAGUGGGGAGGCUGCUCGGCUGAUAUAAAGUACGGAAUUGAGUUUUCUCGACGCUUCGUGGAUGCCCGCGAGAUUAAAAAGACUCCACGUCGCCUGAUGAACUUACAUAACAAUGAGGCCGGGAGAAAGGUACUAGAAGAAAGGAUGAAGCUAGAGUGCAAGUGCCAUGGUGUCUCGGGCUCCUGCACCACCAAGACCUGUUGGACUACACUUCCCAAAUUCCGUGAGAUUGGCUACAUACUCAAAGACAAGUACAACGAAGCAGUUCAUGUGGAGGUGGUCCGGGCUAGUCGACUCCGUCAGCCCACACACCUUAAGGUGAAGCAGACUCAGGGCUACCGCAAGCCCAUGGAGACUGACCUUGUCUACAUUGAGAGGUCGCCCAAUUACUGUGAGGAGGACGCUGCAACGGGGAGCGUGGGCACCCAGGGACGCUUGUGCAACCGCACCUCACCACAUACAGAUGGCUGUGACCUGAUGUGCUGUGGGCGGGGAUACAAUACACACCAGUACACCAAAGUGUGGCAGUGCAAUUGUAAGUUCCAAUGGUGCUGCUUUGUCAAGUGCAACACAUGCAGUGAGAGGACGGAGGUGUUUACCUGCAAAUAAAGGACGCCAAAAACUCAGUGCCAGGAAGUGAGGCGCCAAGGACUAGCUAAACGAGGAAGACUCAAGCAAGGGAGAUUAUAGUGUGACAUGGACCAGUGAACGAUUUUGAAACAAAAGAAUGGAAUUUACACUAUCAGCUCUUCAUGGCAAUGUUUUGCACAGCAGAAUCUAUCUAAUUUCUUUUCAGAAAAUAAAUGCUAGGUAUCAGUAGAUAAUUCCUCAGAACUUUACUGUUACAUAGAGAUUGUGCUCAUGUACUGAUCUUUCCACAGUGAAGAUGGGACUACAGAUAAUGAAUGAAAUCCUUGGUGGGAACUGUGCAUUGCACUGUUGGAUUUACAGCUAAAAUUCUCAAGCGACUUGUGCAUGGAAAGGAAAUGCAGUAACCUGGGAGUUGAUCGAAAUGUCUGGGAGAGAUUGGUCAAGUCUUUGAUUGAAAACCUUUCAAAUUUUUUGUUGUAUUUUCACUAAAGGGGAGCAAAGGUGAAUCUUUACAUUGAAUGACUCCCAACCUGACUGGGACUCAUGUCGGAUGUUUGUAGAAAUGAAGAACAUUUUGUAAUAUUGGUGCGUUGGGGUGCGCCAAAAUAUGAGUGGAGAACUGUUAAACCCUCUGCUGCCAACUGGAAUAGAGUGGAGUUUGUUAGUUUUCCAGUCACACUGGAACUGUCUGUUCUGAACACUGAAAAUAAAUUGUUUAUUUAUGUUAUAGUAUCUUAAAACAAAGCACUAACGGGUAGAGAUGUCUUUUUUUGUACUAAGUGUAAAGAAAAUUACUUUUUAGAAACUCUGACUGAAAAUUUGUCUUUUAGAAAAAUUACCCCUCAUUCCUUCAAACAUCUUUUUUUUUCUUAAAAAGAAAAAAAAGCUUCAAUGCUGGUGUGUUGACAACAAAAAACAUCAUAACAGUGUGUUUCACAUUAAAACACCUUGGUUCUAUUUCACUGUAGCAUAGAUUAUUUCCACUCCCUUACCUUCAAGCAGUAUCAUCUAUCCAGAUGCUUUUGCAAUUCCGUUAACAGACAGUAGCAAGUAAACACAUUUUAACUGCAAAGAUCCUUCCUCAAUUCAUUUAACAUUAAACUGAUAUGUUGCUGGAUAUGUUGUCGAGUGCUGCACUGAUAUUUCUACUCAGCUACAACUCAUGAGAACUAAUA